ACAGACCCGGAAGGAAGCUUGCCGCUUUGUUGCCGUCGCAGCAGCUCAGCUGAUAUUUUCCCCAAAACAUCAGAAGCGGUGUCUGAAUCUCCCCGCAAACUGUAGCUCAGCCUCUCCAGCUGUUGUUGUUGUUUGUUUGUUUGUCUUGUUGUUUCCUCUGAGUGUCGUCAUCAUGAACGUGACGCUCGCGGUGAAGCAGUACGUCUCUAAGAUGAUCGAGAGCAGCGGGAUGAAGGUUCUGCUCAUGGACAAAGAGACGACCAGCAUAGUGAGUGUGGUGUACACUCAGUCAGAGAUCCUGCAGAAGGAGGUUUACCUGUUUGAGCGGAUCGACUCUCAGAACAGAGACAACAUGAAACACCUGAAGGCCAUCUGCUUCCUCAGACCCACUAAGGAGAAUGUGGAACAUCUGAUUCAGGAGCUGAGGAGACCAAAGUACAGCGUCUACUUCAUAUACUUCAGUAAUGUGAUCAGUAAGAGUGAGAUCAAAGCUCUGGCGGAGGCUGAUGAACAGGAAGUGGUGGCUGAAGUCCAGGAGUUUUAUGGAGACUUCAUCGCUGUGAAUCCUCACCUGUUCUCCCUCAACCUGCACGGUGUGGCCAGGGGGCGGAGCUGGGAGCCCUCCAUGUUGUCUCGCUGCACUCAGGGUCUGACGUCCGUCCUGCUCGCUCUGAAGAAAUGUCCAAUGAUCCGUUACCAGCUGUCCUCUGAUAUGUCCAAACGCCUCGCAGAGAGCGUCAAGCAAAUCAUCACAAAGGAGUACGAGCUGUUUGACUUCAGGAAGACCGAGGUCCCGCCGCUGCUGCUGAUCCUCGACCGCAGCGACGACGCCAUCACUCCUCUGCUCAAUCAGUGGACGUACCAGGCGAUGGUUCACGAGCUGCUCGGUCUGAACAACAACCGCAUCGACCUCUCUCGAGUUCCAGGGAUCAGCAAAGACCUGAAGGAGGUCGUUCUUUCUGCUGAGAACGACGAGUUCUACGCCAACAACCUGUACCUGAACUUUGGAGAAAUCGGCACCAACAUUAAAAACCUCAUGGAGGAUUUUCAAAAGAAGAGACCAAAAGGACAACAGAAGCUGGAGUCCAUCAGUGACAUGAAGGCGUUUGUGGAUAACUACCCUCAGUUUAAAAAGAUGUCUGGCACGGUGUCUAAACACGUGACAGUGGUCGGCGAGUUGUCUCGUCUGGUUUCAGAGCGUCAGCUGAUGGAGGUGUCCGAGUUGGAGCAGGAACUGUCCUGUCAGAACGACCACUCCAACGCCCAGCAGGUAGAAAGCACCAACACACUCCACACUGCCCCCUGCAGGCAGAGAGAAGUAUCACACAGAGCUCCACACUGCCCCCUGCAGGCAGAGAGAAGUAUCACACAGCUCCACACUGCCCCCUGCAGGCAGAGUGAAGUAUCACACAGCUCUACACUGCCCCCUGCAGGCAGAGAGAAGUAUCACACAGAGCUCCACACUGCCCCCUGCAGGCAGAGAGAAGUAUCACACAGAGCUCCACACUGCCCCCUGCAGGCAGAGAGAAGUAUCACACAGCUCUACACUGCCCCCUGCAGGCAGAGAGAAGUAUCACACAGCUCCACACUGCCCCCUGCAGGCAGAGAGAAGUAUCACACAGCUCCGCACUGCCCCCUGCCAGGGUUAGGGUUGCUAACUCAAAUAUAUCCAUAGCUGAAGCCGGUAUAU